AGAAGUCACCGCGCCGCCCCGCCGCUCCAGCUGUUCAACCGCUGUCCGCCUGCUGUCUCCCCGCUGCUCUGCUGCUGCUGCUGCUGCCCCCAUUUCCAAUGCAGCAGCGACCAUGACAGGCAUCGCCGCUGCCUCUUUCUUUUCCAACGCUUGCAGGUUCGGGGGCUGUGGACUUCACUUCGACUCUCUGGCCGAGCUCAUCGUGCACAUCGAGGAUAACCACAUCGACACGGACCCCCGUCUUCUGGAGAAGCAGGAGCAGCAGCAGCCGACUUAUGUUGCCCUCAGCUACAUCAACAGGUUCAUGACAGAUGCUGCGCGGCGGGAACACGAGACCCUGAAGAAGAAGGUGCAGCCCAAGUUGUCUCUGUCUCUGACAGGCAGUCUGUCUCGCAGCAGUGUUUCCACUCCGCCUCGCCACACCAGUGGAAACCUCACCCCUCCCGUCACCCCACCCAUCACCCCUUCCUCUUCCUUCCGCAGCAGCACACCUACAGGUAGCGAGUGUGAUGAGGAGGAUGUCGAUUUUGAGGAGUCAGACAGUGAUGAAUCGUGGACCACAGAAAGCGCCAUCAGCUCCGAGUCCAUCCUCAGUUCUAUGUGCAUGAACGGAGGAGACGAGAAGCCUUUUGCAUGCCCCGUGCCAGGCUGUAAAAAGAGAUACAAGAAUGUGAAUGGGAUCAAGUAUCAUGCCAAGAACGGCCACCGAACCCAGAUAAGGGUGCGCAAACCCUUCAAGUGCCGGUGUGGGAAGAGCUACAAAACGUCUCAGGGUCUCCGCCACCACACCAUCAACUUCCACCCACCCAUCUCUACUGACAUCAUCCGCAAGAUGCAGCAGUAGAGAGAGCGACCAGCACUCUCCCUCAGGCCACCUCCCGACCGUCUGAAGAUCACCAUCACCAGCAAUGGCUGCCUCUCAUUCCACCCCCUUUCACCCUGCCCCUUCUCUCUCUCCCUCUCUUAUCCUUCUUUGCUAUGACACUAUUUUUUAUUGCAUGUGUUAUUAUUUAUCCUCAACUUUUAUUCUGAAUGUUGAACCUUUGUGUACUUCACGGUUUUGUAUUUUGCACAUUUAGACUAUCAUUUAUCUAUUUUACUUCGACAUAUGGUGCUCGUCGAUGAUGAGGGCUUGUUGUAGACUAGAGAAAGGCCACAUUAAGUCACGAGCAGCCUUGGGCCGCCUGCUUUAAAGGCAGUGUGAAGUCAGAGGAAAUAUUAGGAUGGUUGUUUUAAAGAAAAGAGGCUCAAUUACCUUUCCUCUGUCUCAUUUGAACCUAAAAAUGUGACAAAAGAAAAUGAAAACAAUCAGAAUGUGUGCAGUAUAACAUUUUUCAUAUUAUGAGAUGUAAUGUUUAUAAUCAUUGUUUGACUUAGUUACUUUUCCUUUCAUAUCACAAGUAUUCAAUACCUUUUUUCAUCUGUUUUACUGCAAGCACGCGUGUGUUAGCACCAAAGGAUGAUCUCAGGUGACGUUUUCAAGCAUUUCAGCUCCACAAUCCUGCCCAGGGGUUCUGAUAGUAUUUUUGCAGUUCAGUGGCAUCAUGGGAACUCUGUGUGUCGUUGCUGCCAUAUUAUCCCGGUCACUUUCCUGAAGACUUAAGCAGUUGUCCUCACUGUUUUACAGUAAAGGAUUGAAGCACUUUUUGUAACAAGUUGCCAACAAAUCAGCAUUUUUUUGCCAAUGUCUCGUUUCUGGUAUAUGUACAGUAGCUACCAAACGAGGCACAAGGCCUUCAGAGCGGAGGUUUGCAGGUUCUGCAUUGAAAGAUGUAUACCAAACCUCCAGUGUUUUCAGUAUUGUGAGAUUUCUGUAUGUACAGUCGUUGCCUUGAAUUGUAAACCAUUCCAAUCAGUGCAGAUCUUUUGUAUGUUUUUUUUUUCUGACGGUUCAGACAAAUCCAGCUGAAUGCAGACAUUACAGAAAGCUCAGCCCACAGUGCUGUUCAGAGGCGCCCAGUCUUAUGAAGCCAAGUGAUUGUUUAGUCAUGAAUAGAAAAAGGUUGGGUCCGAUGUUAGCCAUGUAUUCAGCUGUAAGAGGGGCUGUUAAACAAAUGCAGCUCCCACUGUGUGCCAUAAUAAUAUGUCCGUUUAGAUUAUGUAAAACACCAUUGAAUCCCAGAAAUAAUGAACCGCAGAUCAUUAGAUGCCAAAAGUUUAUGAAUUUAUCAACUUUGAGCCAUUUGGUAACAUCUUCACUGCAUGGAUGUUAAUUGUUAAUGAACCAUGGUCCAAUUAAGAAUUGUGACAGUAUUGUACUGCCAGUAUGGAGGAAAGUCUUGAUAUAGUGUACAGUGAAUGUAUUGUUAUGUGUUAAGUGCAUUAAAUUAUAUUUUCAUAUGGUUCUGGAGUUAAAAAAAACAACAAAACAAUAGUAUAUGUGUAUGAAAAUGCAACACCAGAGGUUGUUUGGAGUAACAGCUGGUGAUGUACUGUAUUUCUUCAAAAAGCUGCUUCAUGUAAACUUUUGUUACGUUUAGAAUAAAAACCCCUCUGUGUGC